UUUGGAAAUCUAAAAAUGACCAAUAAAAUAAACAACAUGACAACAACAUCGCCAACAAAACGUCGUUUAAUGCGUGAUUUUAAAAGAAUUCAAGAUGAUCCACCACCAGGUAUUAGCGCUGCACCACAUGAUAAUGAUAUAAUGCGUUGGAAUGCCGUCAUUUUUGGACCACCGGGUACACCAUAUGAAGAUGGUACAUUUCAUUUAACAUUACAAUUUUCCGAUGAAUAUCCAAAUAAACCACCAUCGGUUAAAUUCGUAUCGAAAAUGUUUCAUCCAAACAUUUAUACCGAUGGCAGUAUAUGUUUGGAUAUAUUGCAAACACGUUGGAGUCCAACAUAUGAUGUAUCAGCAAUUUUAACAUCAAUACAAUCAUUAUUGGAUGAACCGAAUCCAAAUUCACCGGCAAAUGCAUUAGCAGCACAAUUAUUUAUGGAAAAUCGUAAUGAAUAUAUAAAACGUGUUUCAGCUAUUGUUGAAUUAAGUUGGAUUGAAUCUGUGGAUGAUGUUGAUGAUGAUCCAGCUAAAUCAUGUCCAUCGACAUCAUCAUCAUCAUCAUCGACAAAUAAUCAAUCA